AUGUCCCCACCCACUCAACGUCAAGCCUGGCGUCGAACAAACGACUUCUUCACCAAGGGUACACCCAAGGUCAAGCUUGUCACUGAGGAUUUACCCCUCCCUCUGCAUCCUACAGCUGUCCUUAUAAAGAUCUAUGCUGUAGCUCUCAAUUACCGAGAUGCCAAUAUUGCAAAUGGUGGUAAUCCAUGGCCUGUCACUAAGAAUGGUGUUCCUGGAAACGACGCUGCUGGCGAGAUCGUUUCAGUUGGAGAUAGGGUGUCGUUAGUUUCUAUUGGAGAUCGUGUCGCCCCUAUCACUGAUUCUGAAUAUGUCACUUCUCGAUCGACAGGUCGCUCUUGGCUGGCUGCUAAUGAGGACGGUACCUUGGCCACAUACUUUGUCUUUGAUGAGAAAAAAGUCACCAAACUACCCGACCACCUUGAAUGGGUUCAGGCCUCUAUUAUCCCCUGCGCUGGUACAACUGCCUGGUCUGCCCUCAAGGGUACCAGUAUCGGCCAAACCGUUCUUAUCCAAGGUACUGGUGGUGUGUCUACUUUCGCUCUCAAGCUUGCUCACGCCUCAGGCCUUAAGAUCAUCUUGACUUCGUCCAGCGACGAGAAGUUGGAACAGAUGAAGAAGCAAUUUGGGAAGCCAGAGAUCACCACGGUCAAUUACAAGAAUCCAGAAUGGCACAAAGAGGUUCUACAACUCACCAACGGUAUCGGAGUCGAUCUCGUCGUUGAGAAUGGUGGAAGCUCGCUCGUCCAAUCGAUGCAGUGUACACGACGUGGCGGUAUUGUCAGCCAGGUUGGUUAUCUUGGCGGGGUUAAAUCCGAACAUUUCAAGGACUUUAUUGGCACUAUCAUUGAUCGAAGACUGAAUGUGCGUGGUAUUAAUGCUGGUUCGAAGGAUGAUCAGGAUGAACUUAUGGCUGCUAUUUCGGCUACCCAGAUGACAUUUGAGGAUAUCCUUGAUUCCACUUGGACUUUUGAAAAGGCUGACGAAGCUAUUGAGUAUGUUUGGCAGGGGAAGCAGGUUGGCAAGGUAGUCAUAAAAGUGGCCGACUAA